CUGUGCGCGCGUGCGCGACUGGAGGAGGUGUGCAUCCCGUCUCACAGCCAUUUUUUUUUUUGCCCACUCAGCUGUUAUGUAAACUACCACGUAAUACUAUCACAGAACAUAUAAAAAGAACAAACAAACAGGUUUCUUGGCCGCUCAGGUGAGAGCUCUUCAACACAUUCCAGGAUGGAGUUCCCAGUGGAUAUAUUGGCCACUGUGGAUCUGGAAGCCCUGGAGCAAUCAGGGAAAGACUACAUGUCUAAACUCAGAAAUUCAGAAAUACAGGAGUACCUAAGUGUACCUGGAUCCAAGAAAAUAGAGAUUGGCAUCUGUAAUGUGAGUUUUGUCCCCCUCUAUGGAGUUGACAUUAAACAGAAGAUUCUUGCACUAUUUUCACCUGAAGAACCGUUGAAAGCUGUUGGACUCUACCUGCGGGAUCAGUGGUGGUCAGCUGAAGAUAUUCUUAAAACAGCAGAUUCCUCACGAACAGGACUAAUCAAGGUCAGAACCCCUGGAGAAAGGAUAGUUCUGUAUGUUCUCAACAGAAUUAUAUACAGAACAAAAGAGAUGGUUGGGGACGAUGUGGCCUUUCUUUGUCAUGGAGAAGAUGAAAUUGCUAAAAUCCUCUGGAAAAAUGGCGAGGCUGUUGGCUUUUACUCAGUCAAACCUGAAGGGAGAUUAUGCAAUAGCUUCUUGACUCAGUGUUAUCAGCUUCCUGUCAUGGAUACUAUAUUCAUCCGGAAAUGUCACCGUGGUAAUGGACAUGGUCUCCAAAUGCUGGAGGACUUUGUUGAUAACUUCAGAAAAGAUUUCAUGGGUUUGAAGUAUCCACUUCCACCAGCCAUGUAUAAAGUUUGUAAAAAGUAUCUGAGCCUUUAUCCAGAAGACACAGAGCUGCUGUGGGAAACAGAGGGUGUAGGAAGCCCUUUUCAGAGAACUCAAAUAACCAGAAAACUACAAGCAAUGGACCUAAAAGAAGACAAUGAUAUCCCGAUGGAAGUUGGUAUUACACAAGUGCAGGAGACUAUGGAGGUUGUGGAGGACGUUGCCCAGAUUAAAGUAACAGAAGAGUUGCAGGACACACCAGUUACACCCUGUGGCAGAAGCAGCAAUCUGAAGCAAAAAAACCUUGGAGCAGACAAAGAAGAGACAACUGAGAAAAACAUCAGGGUAGAAGAUCGUGAACCUGAUGAGUGUGCAGAAGAUGACCCGGUUCAUGAGGAAGGCAAACUUACUUUGAAUUUAAAAGAUCCUGAACUCAAGGACACAAUGGGGACAUGUGACAUCAGGACAAUUAUACAUGUGACUCCCAUAUCAGAGAUUACUCAGUUUCAUUGUGAAGAACCAAAGAAAUUGACCCCUACCCUUCAGUCAGAAACUGAAAAAGAACAGGUGGUUGAAAUAAUUCCUGUUAUGGACAUGCAAAGCCUAAAUGGAAAUGAGGAUGUACAAAUAAUGAAAACUUUUGAAACCACAAUUGUUCCAGUACAUCUCCAACCUUUAGAACCCCAACAGGUGGUAGAGGUGGAGAUUGUCAAGAUGUUAUCAGAAACUGAAGAGGUAAAAGAAAAAGCUGUAGAGGUCAAAGAAAUGAAAGAUGAUGUUGAUCAGGAGAUACCUGUAGAUGGAAGGGAAACCUCUGAAGAAAUGGUGAAGUCACAAAAAGAUAAAAGAGAUAUGGCAGAAACUACGAACAAAGAAGACAUAGAAGAUGAAGCAGAGUUGAGGAAAAUAUCAGUGGUCAAAAAUAUUGUUGAUGACACAGAAGAAAUAGAAGUGAAGGAAAAGAAAGCUGGACCUCUAGAGGUGCCUUUGGUGGAAAAAGAGCAAAGUGAGCAGGUGAAAGAGAAGGACACAGUUGAAGAGACUGGCACAGUUCAGGAGUGUUUAUGUGAAAAAGAACAGGAAACUGAAGAUCAAGAACCAAGUCCCCAUAAUGAAGAGGAGAAAGUCAGUACUUUGAUUCAACGAGAGGAAAACUCAAACAUGGCAUAUAGGUCCGGCUCAAAAGGCAAACAUGAUGACAAACGAAGAUCAAACUAUGAAACUCCAUUAAGACACUCUAGAAGACUCAAUGAUCAGGCUGCAGAAAGUGAACUGGCAGAAAAAGUUCUCAGAAGCUCUUCUAAGAAAACACUUAAAGCCACUUCCAAACAAGUGUAUGCAAGACAAACCAAAUCUAUAAAGCAAGUUGGCAAAAUAACUGAGGACAAUGAAGGUAUAGGAAUUGUAGAUGCUAAUAAUACUGAAACCCCUGAAGUAAUGAUUGAUGGAAAAGCAUCAGAACCAUCUUCUGCAGAAAACAUUGAAGAGCAGGAAGAGGAACCAGCCUCAGAAACUGUGCCAGCAGAGGAUGACAACACAGAAGCAGGUUUGAAAUGGAAAAACACUUCUGUCACGCUUGUUGAAUCAACAGAAAAACAAGUCAUGGAAAUGACAGACAAUGAAAAUGUGGCGAUUGAAGACAAAAUUACAAAUAGCAAUAUUGAAGGAACAGAAGAAAGACAUUACAAGACAGAGAUUGAGGAAAAUAUUGCAUCAAAAGAUGAAGACAAAGUUCCAGAGCCAACUAUUACAGAUGAAAACAAGAAGGAGGAUGCUCAAGAAGAGGAACCUGUGAAAGAACCCAACACUAUUCACAGUGAUGAACCAAAAAUUAAUGACAUUGAAUCAAAUCUUGAUUAUAAAGCUGGCAAGGCAAAUAAGGAUGGUGAGAAAAUAGCAGUUAUUGAUGUUCAUGAUGCUGAGGAUAUAAAUGCAGAUGAAAUGGAGGUUGAAGGAAAAGUACCUGAAGAGUCUGUUGUAGAAUCUUUUGUAGUUGUAGAACAGGAGGAGGAACCAGCUUCGGAAAUGGUGCCUACAGACAUUGUCCAGAACACUGAAGAAGCCACUUCACCUUUGAAACGUCAAAAGGCUGUUGUUGUUCUUGUGAAUUUAGACAAAGUUUCCACAACACACACAAAUGCCAGCGAAGGUACUAAGGGAACCUCACAGUCAGAAAGUACUGAUGACACAGAGAACAAAGAAGCAGAAGGAUUAAACCAGAAAGUUAAACCCACUGAAAAAGAGCAAAAAGUGGAGAUGACAGAAAUUGAAAAUGUGACAGUUGAGGUUGUGGACAAAAGUGAAAAUAGCAGCAUUAAAGAACCAGAAGAAAUGAUGGAAACUGAGGAGAGGGUUAUAACAACAGAUGCAGACAGAGUUUCAGAGUUGACUACAGAUGAAAACAAGAUGGAGGCGUUUCAGGAAAAGAAGGCUCUGGAAGAGACGAAGACUGUUCAAGCCACACCAGAUGAGGAAAGCAAAGAUAUCAUUAAGUCAAGUGAAGAUGAUGAAGGGGUGAAAUCAGAUGGUCGGCAUUCUAGGAGACUAAAGCAUCAGGCAGCAGAAAGGGAAUUGACAAAAAGAGUUCUCAGGAGUUCUGCAAAAGCAGCUAAAGCAGCUUCUAAACUCAAAGCUAUAAAGCAACAAGUGAAAACUAACCAAGCAGUAGAUGAUCCUGAAGUUGAGAAGAUGAAGGAAGUUCUGGAGUCACACUCUGAGACUGUGGUGGAUGAGAAAAUUGAGUCAGUAAGCAUCACUACUGAAAUGGAACAUGUAAAAGCUGUUGAAAUAGAGUUUGAAGUAAAAACACCAGAACAGUCUGCUGUAGAACCUGUUGAAGAGCAAGAGGAGGAACCAGCCUCAGGAAUAGAGCCAGUAGGGGAUAUCACAGAGGAAGCCACAUCAGAUUUCAAAUUGCAAAAAGUUUCUGUUGUGCUUGAGGAUUUUGACAAAGUUUCUAAAACACACAUAUAUGCUGGUAAAGAUACCAAGGGAACUUUACAGCCUCAAAAGGAGGUAGAUGCAGAAUUUCAUAUACUAGAAAGUACUGAUACUGUAGCUCAGGCUGAACGCACUGAAAAAGAGCAGGCAGUGGAAAUGACAGAAAACAAAAUUGAAAAUAGCAGCACUGAAGUAACAGAUGAAAAGGUGGAGAUUAAGGAAGGCGUUGUACUGAAUGAUGAACACAGACUUCCACACUCAGUUGUUACUGAUGAAGAAAACACGGAAGAUGCUCAAAAAGAGAUAGACACUGCUCAAGAAAUACCAGCUGAGGAACCAAAAAGUUUACAGGUCAUUGAGUCAAGUGAAGCUGAUGAAGGUGAGAGAUUAGAUAUUCCGAUUAAACUGGAUGAAGGAGAUGAGGAUGAGACGAGCUCUGUAACCCCAUUAAGAUGCUCUAAAAGCCUCAAGGAUCAGGCUGUGGUAAGUGAACUGACAAAAAGAGUUCUCAGGAGUUCGGAAAGACUGAGAAAAAAAGCCACUCCACAACAAAGACAGAAACUGCAAAUCAAAACCAUGAUGGUACAAGAGGAACCCGAACAACGAGAUGAGUCUAAGGAUAAUGAUAUGAACAUCAUGUUAGGGUGUGAUGCUGCAGUAGGAGAGCACAUGGAGUCAGAGACUGUACAUGUGUUUGCUGAAGGUGAUUCAGAUGUUAUAGAACAAGACAAGAUGGCAGCAGAGAAUAUAAUGCAUGGAGAACCUGAACAAAUCUGCACAUCUGGAGAGAAAUUAGAAAAAGUUGAAAAUAAAGUGCAAGAGGAUGGAGCACCUACAGAAAUGGGGCAUGGAGAGAAUAGUGAGAACAUAAUAGAAACCACAUCAGCUUUGACACUACAAGAAGCUUCUGUUAUGCUUGUGGAUGUCCGAGUUCUCCCCAGUCUAACCGGUGACUGUAGUUCUGCUUUUGAAACUGCUCAGGAGGAGAUUGGUGACAAACUUAAAAUGAGUGAACAAGCAGUGGAUAUGCCUGAAAAGGUGAAGGAAGAAUUACAGACUGGAAUUGUAGAGGGAGAGAACAUCAAGCCAGUAAUUCCCACUGAAGGAGAUCUGAAUACAGCUGCAAAGGACACAGCUGAGGAAGAUAACAAUGUAGUAAAGAGUAAUUUAGAAAUUGAGACAACUGAUACCAGUAAGCUUGAGAAAGAGAAAUGCAGUGAUGAAAGUAAGGUGGAACAAGAAUCCAAAGCAGAAAAGUUCACUCUGCAAGUUCCAAUUUUAACCCAAGCUUCAGUUCACGAAAAAUGUUCAGAGACAACCACGUGUGUGCAGAAUAUCUUGAAUCUUUAUAAUACUGAAGUUGUAGAAGAUAAUAAUUCUGUUGAAGAACAGGAAGAGGAACUGGCCACAGAAUUGACACCAGGCAAGGACAGCGAGAAUGCAGUCGAGUCCACUUCCAUGUUAAAACUACAUAAAGCUGCUGUUGUGCUUGUGGAUUUCUGUAGAAAAACAGGUGGAAAUGAAACAACACAAUCACAGGAAGUAGAAUUGCUAUCCAAGGCUUACCUUGCAAAUGAAGAGAAGGCAUUGAUUGAGAUGGAUGUGGCAGAACCUGUGGCAGAAAGAAUACAAGAAGAAGCAGUAGAACUGGGUAUAGAUAACACACUCAUUUCAAAUGAUGAACAAGACAGGGAUAUUCAUGCAGAACAGGGUGUGAAAGAUGAUUUUAAAGAAGUAGAAGACACUACGUUAAGAGAAAAAUCUAAGUUAGCAGAACUUGAUACAAAUAAAACUCUGAAAGAGUGUCAGGAAAGUACAACACCUGCCCAAGGUGACAGUGUCCAGGAAAGCACUCAAGUUGAAGAUAUUUUAGUGUACACAAGCAAAAAUCUCAGCCGUAGGACUUUACCAGUGAAGACUACACCAGAAAGAGUGUCAAGCUGUCACCAACAUGUAUACAAAGAAACAAAGGUAAAUGAAAAUAGAGAAGAGCAGAUCUCAGGUGAAGAAAUUGAAACUGUAUUCACAAGACAUCUCAGAGGAAGAACCAUAAGAAUAACACCAAGGAGAAGAUCUAAACACCGUACAGGAGCGCAAGUAGCAGAGCCGGAGAUGGAGGGACAUGUGACUAGUCAUGAAAUAAUUGUAGUGCAAAGCACUGAAGAGGCUAGGACUGCUGUGGAAGAGACACAUGAGACCCAUCCAAAAUACGGCAAUGAGGAAGUACCUGCUAUCUUUGAAGCAUCAAGAAAAGACCAGCAGCAAGAUAAAAGUAUACCUGAAAAUGAUGCAGAAAAAAUGGAGGAAGUGACUGAUGGAAGAAAAGAUAUGGCAGAAGAAGCUGUUGAUCAUAAGGAGGUAGAACCAACAGACAGGGAAAUUCUAGUAGAAGGUGACCUACCAGAUGAGAAUCAGGAGAAAGAAGAGCCUGAGGAGUCAAACCAAGAACAAGUAAGAAGUGAAAAUUUUGAACAGGAGCGUGACCAACAGGAUAAUGCUCUGGAGGAAACAUUGCUUGAGAAAACAUUUGAAAAAGAACUUUGUAAAAGAGUGGAAGAAAAACACCUAGAAGAAGAAAAAGAUGGUGCAAUGAACAUAUCAAUUACAGAAGCAGUUCUUGAUCAAUCAGAAGAGGGUGUAAGUGUUGAAAGAAGGGCCCUGAGAAAACGAUCAAUAACUAUCAAAGUUGCUUCUGUAAGGAAAUCCAAACGACUCUGCAAACAAGAUCAAGGUGAAAAUGAUGGGCAAACAGUUGUGUGGGCAAACACUGAAGAUUCUGUACCUGUAGAGGCAACAGUAAUGGAGAUGGCUGCUGUGAAGUCACCUGCAGAAAACGAACACACCGAUCAACGAAAAAGUCAAGAAAUAGAGGAUACCAACACUAUAGGUGGAGAAAUCUCCCAUAAAGAUGAGGAUCAGGAAGAUGCAAAAAGGGAAGAAACUUAUGGAAAUGCAAACAGCCAAGAAGUCACAAUGACAGAAGAUGCAAGUAAGCAGGCCCAGUUUCUAAAUAUGUCAGAAGAUGAUACAGAUGUCAUGUUAGUGGUACAAGAAGAAGAGAAGGGUGAGGAGAACAGGGAAGAACAAUCAACGUCAGAAGAGAUAAUGAAGUCUGAAAACAAUGCAGUCAAUGUUGAUAAUGUAUCUGAUGAACCCAAAUUUGAAGAUAUUCAAGAGGAACUAGAGCAAAAUGAGGAGAAUGCUGAGGAAAUGUCCAAAGUCAGUGUGACCGUAGAUGAAAAUUUCACCUUGGAGGCGAAUAAAGAGGUUGACAGUAAUGACACAGAGUGUAACCAGUUGGCUGAGGAAACCAAAGCUUCAUUUCAGGAAAGUGAAAAAGAAAUUACAGAUGCAGAACAAGAGUCUGGAGUGUUGUCAAAACGCACCCUUCAAGGCAGGAAGUCAGCAGCAGCUUCACCUGAACAAAGAUCAACUAGGAGAAACAGGAGGUUGCUGCAAGAUAGUGACAGUGAAAUGGAAGAUAAGUUAGAGGUAGAGGAGGUUAAAGAGGUGAUUGGAGAAGAGCAAAAGAAACUUCAACAAAAAAGAAAAGCCAUAGCUGAGCUAACACCUCGUAGAUCUAAACGGCUUGCGAGAGCAGACAUAAUGUAGUUAAAAAAUAAUUUUUCGAAGCACAGCACUUUUUUUUUAUUUUUUUAUUCUUUCUUUAUUGAGGGUAGCACUAAAUAUCUGUAGAUAAUUUACACGUGGCCCUCAAAAUAAAAUCUCAAAUAAAAAAAAAUAAUUAAUAUAAAUUAAAAGCAAAGCCUAAAUGAAAAUUACAAUACAAAUUUAUGAUUCUUAAUCAUAGUGUUAAAUGAACCCAGACUUGAACAGCUCUUUAUCUCUUUAGGGAGAUUGUUCCAUAACUUGGCCACAGUGAACAUGAAAGUUCUUUCUCCGAAUGUUUUAUUUAUCCUGGGCAGAACUAAAUUACUGGUUGCGUUUCUAGUACCCCUGUAGUGAAUCUAGCUGAAUUUGGUAAAUUUAUCUGACAUAUAUCUCGGUAAUAGACCAUUCAAUGCUUUAAAAACUAUUUUAACCUUCGAGACUGCAACUCGCUUUGGAAACGACACAAUGCCAAGCUUGUCAAAGAGUUCUUUCGAAGGGUGGUCCCACGGCACGUCCAUCAUCACCCUGGCUGCCCGCUUCUGCAAUUUCAACAUAGUGUUGGAGUGAGUGGCAAAGCUGUCGCCCCAGAUAGUAGCACCAUAGUCCAUUACAGGUUGCACAAUAGUUUUGAAGUAGACUAAGCGAGCUUCCAGUGUGAGGAAUCGCUUCAUCCGUUUAAGGAGAGCUAAUCUCUUGCUGAUCUUCUUGGUGGUUUUGUCGACGUGCUCAUUCCAGGAAAGGUUGCUGUCAAGAUGGAUUCCUAAUAAUUUUGCACUAGCAACAGUCUCUAUGUCUUUGUUGUUGACUGUAACAGAGAGACAUUCGUUAUUCUUGGCAAGCAUGUACUGCUUUGGCUUACUGCAUAUUAACAUGCACUUGGUUUUGUCUGCAUUUAGCGCCAUCUUGUUAUCUGUUGCCCACUUAUCAACUCUGCCUAGGUCUCGUUCAAGAGCUGUCGAAACUUCCAUGACAUUGCGGCCAGUUGCAGAGAUAGUGGUGUCAUCUGCGUAGAUACUCACAAUGCUGUCAUUUAAACUUAAUGGCAGGUCGUUAAUAAAGGCAAUAAACAGUAACGGGCCAAGAAUGGAUCCUUGCGGCACGCCGAUACAAUGUCAAAUGGCUCUGAUAACAUGCCGUUGAUGGCGACUUUCUGCGAGCGUCCUGAAAGAUACGAGGUAAACCAUUCAGUUGACUCAGCUGAGAGCUGGUAAGCUACAAGCUUUUUGAUGAGAACACCAUGGUCAACGCGGUAGUCAAUAAUUGAUAAGCCGGUGAGAAGACCAUUAUUCAUGUUGUUCAGUAGCAUAUCCACAAGCUCUAUCAUGGCUGUUUCACAAGAAUGAUCUGGUCUAAAACCAGACUGGUAUCAAUAUAAUAAGUUGUUACUAUUCAAAUACUUAUAAAACGCUGUAUGAACGUGUCGUUCAAUGAUCUUAGAUAAAACAGGUAAGAUACUGAUGGGUCUGUAAUUGUUGACAUCCAGUUGAUCGCCAGCUUUAUACACAGGAGUGACUCUGGCUAGUUUCCAGGAUGAUGGAAAGACACACUUGUUAAAACUCAGGUUGAUUAUGUAGGUCAACAGUUUUGCAAUAGCUGGUGCAGCGAUUUUUAGAAACCUAGCACUUAGGCCAAGUUUACAUUAGACCGUAUCUGUCUUGUUUUCUUCGCGGAUGCACUGUCCGUUUACAUUAAAACGCCUGGAAACGCCGGGAAACGGGAAUCCGCCAGGGUCCACGUAUUCAAUCCAGAUCGUGUCUGGUCCGGUGCUGUGUAAACAUUGAGAAUACGCGGAUACGCUGUGCUGAGCUCUAGCUGGCGUCGUCAUUGGACAACGUCACUGUGACAUCCACCUUCCUGAUUUGCUGGCGUUGGUCAUGUGACGCGACUGCUGAAAAACGGCGCGGACUUCCGCCUUGUAUCACCUUUCAUUAAAGAGUAUAAAAGUAUGAAAAUACUGCAAAUACUGAUGCAAAUACUGCCCAUUGUGUAGUUAUGAUUGUCUUUAGGCUUGCCAUCCUUCCACUUGCAAGUGGUAAGUGAUAUGCACUGGGAUCUCACACACAGCGGCUCAGUCCCGAAUCACUGCUCGUGCGCUAUACUUGCGCGCUCUGUGAGCUGCGCAGGGCCGGAGUGCGCACCCUCCAGAGGGCACUCGCUGUUCAGGGUGGAGUGAUUUGGAGCGCAGGAUGCCUGCGGAGCCGAGCGUAUCCGUGUAUUGGUGUUGCUGUGUGCACGCGAAUCGUGUAUUGGUGUUGCUGUGUGCACGCUAAUCGUUUUAAAAACGUUAAUCUGAUGAUCCGCUGAUACGGUCUAAUGUAAACCCCACCUUAGCCUGUCCAUUCCUGUGGCCUUGGAGACUUGAAGGCCAUUGAGAUAGGUGGCGACGAAUUCUGGCAUUAUCUUUGGUAUGUUGAACACAGUGGAGGUUGUAAUCCUGGAUCUGACAAAUUGCUCAAGUGCGGUGAAAGAAGGAAGAGCAUGUCCACUAGACUGAUUCCUAUACUUAGACGCUACCGAAACAAAGAACUCAUUGAAUAUGCCAGCUACUUCGAUAGGAUUUCUUAAGACGUUAUUUCCUAUCUGGAUCUUAGAGACAGAUGAUUUCUUGGGCGGUCCAACUCCGUUCUUCAAGUGCCUCCAGAACUCUCUCGAUGAACUGCUAUUUUCAAACGCAUUACUAAAAUGCCUGCUCUUGGCAUCUCGGAUUGCUCUGAAGGUGGCGUUUCGAGCAGUGCAGUAAGCAACCCAGUCGCCUUGUUUUCCCGUGCGUCUGGCAAUCUUUAACAGCGUAUCACGAUUGCGAAUGCCACUGUAAACCUCAGCACUCAUCCAAGGGGGCUGUGCCGCUCUCUUCACCCUUUUGUUCACAAGGGGGCAGUGAGCAUCAAUAAUCUCAAGUAUGAUCUUAUUGAUGAAAUCAAGGGCGUCGUCAGGAUGGUCAAACUUUUCCAGAGUACUCCAUGGUGCCAUGUAUAGAUCUUGUAAAAACGCCUGCUCAUCUAGGUUUUUACAGUCACGACAAGUAAUAGUGUGAUAUUUGCUGGUUUUAGGUUGCUUCUGAUACUUCCUCACUAUGUACACAGGAAAGUGAUCUGACAUACCAUUCUCAUACACUUUGGUCUUGAUUAUGUGCUGAGGAUGGGUGGUGAAAACGUGGUCCAAACAUGUCUUGCUGGAUGGUCGUGUAACCUCUUUGAUAAGCUGUUGGAGUCCUAAGCUAGUCAGUGACUUUAAAAGACGGUGAUUCCUUAAAAAUACAUUUAAAAAGUCAAUGUUCAUAUCCCCAAGGACCAGGACCUCUUUACCAGUGAGGUAAAGCAUUUCCAUGGACUUUUCAAGCUUAUUAUCAUACUCUGCAGUUGAAUCUGGAGGACGAUAAAUGCCAGCAAUGUACAAAGGACAAUUAGACUUGAACGGCGUCAUCUCAAUACACAGCAUCUCAAGAUCUUCCGACUCAAAUUUGGUCGCACGUCUAUACACAGCAUUCGAUGCUUUAUACAUCACUCCGCCAUGAGGGUCACGACCCCUGUCGCAUCGUUCGAUCUGAUACCCAGGGAUGUCAAUCUCAGAGUUGGAAACUUCACCAUCUAGCCAAGACUACGUGAUGAUAAGAAUAUCCAGUUGCGUUUUGCUGUUAGUUAAUAUGCUUCUUAUUUCCUCGUACUUUUGGUUGUUAAGACUUUGAACGUUCCAUUGACAAAUUCUGAUACCGUUUUCAGAUAAUCCAAAAUGUUGAGGACCGUUGUGCAGAUACGAAGCGUCAUUAGUAACAUCGGGUAGAUCACGAGACAUAGUACCAGCGAUAAGACCAGGGUUGCUCUCAAUAUCAUUUGACAAGUAUAUCAGCAUCAGGGACAUCGGAGCAAUGUUGGAAAAGAAGCAAACCAGCUCGCGCACAGUAGGACGAUAAAAUAACUGCCGAACCUCCGCUGGGUCUUUUUUAAUAUAUUUUACAGUAAUUCGGGAAAACCUCUUGACUCAUGAUUUGCUGUAAAACCGUGAGAUGACAAAUAGGCUGGAUUUGAAGAUGCUUGAUUUCACGUCCGCCAUUGGUUAAUUACCCUCAAAACAAAAAAUAAUUUUUAAAAAUGCAACUGAUUUUUUUUUUUAAUUGCAUACAGUUUUGGUAUGUAACAUGUAUGCAAAACAUUUUUAUUGCAUUUGUAGUUUUAACUUUUUUGUCAUUUUGAACUGUGCUCAAUUCUUAACAUUCUGCUUACUCUUUUAAUUACUCUGUUAAUGUUACUCAAAGGCAGUAGGCUUUUAAUAUGUCUAAAUCUCUACUUUAUGUGCUUCAAAAAAAAUCUUUAUAGACAUAUUUUUCUAUACCUUCUUAAGAAUCUGAAAUCAUGAAUGAUGGCUCUGUAUAUUUGUGCUUAUGGAUGAUAUUCCAUUUCCACAGUGUAAUAUUUCUCUUUCUUGUAUUGUGUACAAAACAUUUGAUAAGUAUAGGGUUUUUUUUCAUGGUAAGUAGUUUUGGAUUAUUUGAAGGUGCCUAUAUGAGCACUUCUAUAGGUAUAGUAGAGAUAUGGCCAAGUUUGUAUUAAAACUCUAACAGUCUCAUGAUUGAUUUAGAAAUAUUCUAUUCAGUCCUGACUGUGAAAUAUACUGCAGGUAAAUAGUGUAGUCUCUCCACUAGCACUUCUUUGAGUAUGCACUUAAUUGUUACUAUUACAAUUUUACAACUGUGAAACACUUUUUAGAAACAUUUAUAUAUUUAAUAGUUUUGUCAUCUGCAUUGUAUCUCUUUUCCUGCACCACUGAGCAGUGCUCACUCACUCUCCCUGAUACCUGUGGGCCAAUUGGCCUGUCAGUUGUCAACCUCUUACAAGGCUGUCUGCAUCUGUCUUGAGCAUGCUUCAUCCGCUGCCGGCUUGCUAGGCCUGUCACAACAUCUCCAGACAAGCAACCGUUCACACCUAUGGGCAGUUUAGGGUAGCCAGUUAAUCUAAUCUACAUGUAUUUGGACCAUGGGAGGAAACCAGAGCACCUGGAGGAAACCCACACAGGCACAGGGAGAACAUGCAAACUCCACACAGAAAGGCCUCUGUCAGCCAUGAGGUUGGAACCCAGAACCUUCUUGCUGUGAGGUGACAGUGCUCACCACUGUGCUGCCACUCAGCAGUGCUAUUUUUGUUUACUUGUUUAUAUGUGCAUUUCCAAGAUCUUUAUUUUUCUUGCUUUUAAAUAAAGUUUGAGAAUUGUG